UAUACACACAGACCAGCGAGCGCCACGAACGAUGCCCCGCGCAACACAGCACAUGACAUGCGUCAACCCCCUAGCUAGCCUGCCUCAUGUUGCACCACCCUGACUGUGCUUCGCCUCCCCCUUGCCAACACGCACACACAGCCACUCCGAGUCGGGCUUCCUCCGGUCCUCCACCAUCGCAAACACACUCCCCCCAUCAGCCAGUGCCUUGCCAAGCUUGGCCUGCAGGUCCCGCAGCUGGAUGAUGAACUUGGCCUCAGUGCAGUUGAGGAGAUCCCGCAGCCUGAACCGCAGCAGCUCGGUGGAUUGCCGUGGGGUGGAGGGUGCUCUGUGUUGCAUCGUCUCGGCGAGUUGCGAGAGCCGUGCCAGCACCGACCGCUCCCAAGCUGGAUCGCAUAGAAGCUUGGGAUAGUGCAAUACCUGAUGACACACCCACCCACACCCACCCACCCACACACAGAGAGAGAGAGAGAGAGAGCGAGAGAGACAAUGACCGUGUGUGUCUUCUGGGGUCAGGUGUGCUCACCUGUGUGGGCACGAGUAGGGUGGUCCUGAGCGUCUCCCUCAGGAAGCGCAGCCGAUCGACGGCCGUCCGGCUGGGCAGCGUGAACACCUCUGGCGCCUGACAGACAGACAUGAAUACAUAGUCGCAUCCAUCAACCAACAAAAAUGCCGUGUGCUGGUGUGGUAUGGUGUGGUGUGGUGCCCCUGACCGUUUGUCUGAGUCUGUCGAGGUCGGCCCGUUUGAAGCCGAAACGAAGCAGCAGGCUCUCGUCGAGCAAUGGCGGUGUCGGUGAGGAUGAGUCAUCAGUCGCUGAGACAGACGGCACAGCGUCACUCUCAUCAGUCGCCUCCUGCCGAUCUGCCGGCUCCUGCUGCAAUGGGGCCUCGCGCGUGUCAACACUCUCUUGCGCCGCCGCUGCUGGUGCUGGUGCUGGUGGUGGGGGAGGUGGUGGUUGCCGUGGUACAGCUGUGCUCCUCUUGAACGCUUCAAACCUCCUCAUAGUCGACUUCGCCACCCCCUCGACAAAGGCGCUGUCAGUGCCGCCCACCAAGUCCAUCAAAGGGAUGUCACUCACGGGCGGCGGGGGCGGGGGCGACCCCUCGUUGGCAUGCGUGUGCCUGAGGUGGUGGAUGAAGGCCGCGCGGGGCAGCAGCCGCUGAGCGGGGUCCAUCAGCAGCACUGCGGGGUAGGACAGCAGCUCGCUGAAGUCGGUGCGGGCCAGGCCGUCGGGUGACGUGUAGAAGGACAGGAAUGACGCGACCUACACCAAGCGCGCGCAAAGACCUUGCUUGGUGUCUUGUCUCGGCCUGUCUCGUCUGCCCAGUUAGUGACCUCGUGUGGUUUCUUGAGGCUUUUAAUCCGCGUCUGCUGCAGCAGCUGCUCCGCUAUCUCGGCAGGCACCCCUGCACACGACGAAUAGAGGGAGGCUCAUGCUCAACUGGGGCGGGGCCCACCUACCCUACCUGCUUGUGUGAAUGCCUCCUGCACACUUUCUAGCCCACGCGGCAGCGGCAGCAGCGGGGCGGCCGAGGAGUCAGUCUGCGCCACCACCUGCUGCACGAUGUGUGCCGACCGCCGCUCCUCUGCUGCAGGCGGAAUGGCGUCAUCCGGCCGCGAACGCACCAGCGGGUAUGGCAGCUCUGCACACACACAGAGUCAUCAUUCACGCGCUCAUCGACCGGACAGCCCUCUCACCUUGGCUGUCAUCGUCUCCGUGUGCAGAUGAGGCGUCGUCAAUGUCUGCCUCUGUCUCGCCCUCGCCGGAAGAUGGCGUGGGUGCGGGUGUGGGCGGUGCCGAUUGGACUCUCUUGUCGAAGUCGGUCCGCAGCUGCUGAAUGACGGCGAUGAGUCCGUCCAAGUUGAGCUGGCCGUCGGGGAGGAUCAUCGACUCACGGCCGGCGGCGGUGGCCUUGGCUUUGCCUCGGUUGCUGAUACCCAAAGCCUACACUCACACACACAUCCAUCCAUCCAUGUGUGUGUGUGUUCGUCACUCUUACCUUUCUGAUGUCUUUGUAGAGCUCUUUCUUGUACUCGAGGAUGUAAUUCACCGGCACGCCCAGAAUCUGGUGGCAGAAGAUGCUGUCCGUCUGACAAACAACGGAAACCACACAAGACACACACACACACACACACACAGCUGAGUGAGGGGAGGGAGGGAGGUCGGUGCUCUCUCGCCCCCGCACCCUACCCCACCCCGCCCCACCCACCGUGCCGAAGACGUGCUCGUAGUCAUGCCGCUGCAGCUCGACGCCAUACAGCCUGAUUGAUUGGUGACGCACACACACAGCUGGGUCGGAUCUUGUGCCAGUGGCGCAGCGCACCUGGCCAUCUCGACACGCGGCACAAGAACGUUGAUCAUGUCCAGAGAGAAGAACCUGACACACAACACAACACAACACAACGCAACACAACACAACACACUCGCGGCAGCCAUUGCUCUGAAUCCAUCGCAUUGCUCACCUUGGUGCUUCCAGCAGCUUGUACAGGCUCUGAAUGGGCUGCCCCAUGCCGCCAAGGUGGAGGAAAUAGAGCACUCGCGCACGGACGGUGCUGCUGUCCGACGCACACAGCUGCAGACAGACAGACAGACAGACAGACAGACAGGAGGGAUGAAUGUGUUGUGUUGUGUUGUGUGUCUGGAGCACUCACAGUCCCUACCGAGGGCGACAUGGCCUUCAGCCGCUCAAUGAACUGAGGCGGGGCCCCGACCUUACAGAACGAGCCAAGACCCAAACCAAAACACCAACACGCCCAUCCAUCCAUCCAUCCUUGCUGUGUGCGUGUGUGUAAUGGCUGGGCUGGCUCACCUCCUUGCUGUGCAGGAACUCCUCAACCGUCACGCCCUUGCCCUGCACGAAGCCGCCAUCAGCACCAGACGCACUCGGCUCGCCCACAUCAGCAGCAGCAGCAGCAGCAGCAGCGGCAUCUAUCUUCGGCACGUGCCCUACAAGAGGCGGCCCGCCACCCAGGCCGGGUGCUGGCGGUGCCUUCUGCCCAUCUGUGUGGCCCGUUGGUGUUUCUCCCGCUGUGGCUGCUGUGGGUAAGGGAAUGGGGGGCUCUUCCUCCACCUGAACACGGCAGAGAGAGAGAGAGAGAGAGGGAGGGAGAGGGAGAAAAUGUGUGUGACAGGUCUGGUGAGUGUGGGUGGAUGGGUGAGCGUCGGUGGCUGGGCUACUUACUUGUAUGAGGUAGGUGAAGUCUUCUGUGGGAACGCCAUCCUCCUGAAGCGACGUCACCCUCUCAGCAACCUCAUCAACAGACAAGUACAUCACACCUACACACACAAACAUAUACACACACACAUAACACACACACACACCUGCGUCAAUACCCAUCUAUCUCUACCUGGGUUCUCCAUGAGUGUCUGUUUCAUCUGGUCGUCGGUCAUGCCGCCCACAGUGGUCAGGUAGUGCACCACCUUGGGCGCCUCGGACACCCGGACACGGUCACUCAACACCGCGCUUCCUGUUGUAAUAUAUGGCGGGCAGAUACACACAGACACACACAGAGGAAAACGAUUGAGCGCAUGCCGGUCGUGCGCUGGUUGGUAGCUUGUUCGCCCACCACACCGUGUUGUGAAAGCAGGUCUUCACACUCGGCGUGCGACAGACCUAACAGACACACAGACAGACAGACAGACCACACAGGAGGAGAAACCAUCAAUCAACGCAUUCAUUUCAUCUUGUCAGUCAGUGUGUAGUAGGGGUGUCUGUCCUCACUGACCGAAUCUCCGCAGCAAGGCCAGCCUCUCCAGUAUCCUUUCCGUAGUGUAGCACUCAUCGCCACCCCCAUCUGCAGAUGCUCCCACACACUUUGACGCUGCCGCCCUCGCGUCACCGGCGAACCGGACGUCGCUGCGCACAGCCUGACGGCCAGAUCUCUGCGCGCUAAGUGACGGCACCCAUCUCUGCAGCACUCUGCUCCAGGCGCGAGGCUGAUCUGCCUGAAGCCGAAGCAGCGCGGACUUCAUUGCCGGGUGCUGGAAACGGCUCAGGUGGACGUCUGCAGUCACGUGGAGGCCUCCAUCUUCGGGAGAGAAUGGGAAAAG